AUGGUCUCCGCACAAGAGCUCGUCAAACAGCACAGGUUCCUCAUGCUGUCCAAGUCGUGGUGUCCCGACUGCCACUACGCAAUAGCCGUGUUCAAGAAGUACAACGUGUUGGACAAAAUUGCGCUGGUGGAGCUGGAUAAGAUGCCUGCGAACCAGGCAACCGAGCUGGAGAAACAGUUCACCGCAAUUUCGGGCCGCAAGUGGGUGCCUACGAUAUUCUUCAACGGCGAGGUGUUUGGCACGGAACAGACGCUGAAGGAGCUGGACCCGAGUGAUCGUACCCCCUCUUCUGCACACCCUGCCUCAGCCUACCCCACUUUGUCCAGCUCCUGGCCGUGGAGCAAUUUCAUUGGAGGUAGUGCCCUUGGACCGUCCAGCAGGUCAUCUGGUGCAGAGCUGCAUGAAUUGAGGGGCCGCAGUAUAAAUACCCUGCCUCCCGCAAUUAUUGGUCCCCAGUACUCUUUUCCCAUCAUGCUCAGAACCUCUCUUAGAUCGCUGGCCAAGCCAGCCGCCAGAGUUAGCUUAAGAUUCUACUCUUCUUACCCGCUCUCCACCACCGUGACUCUGCCUAACGGAAAGUCCUACGAGCAGCCUACCGGUUUGUUUAUCAACAACGAGUUUGUUCCUUCGAAGCAGCACAAGACGUUUGAGGUGAUCAACCCUGCCACCGAGGAGGAGAUCUGCCAUGUUUACGAGGCCAGAAAGGAGGACGUCGACGACGCCGUCGACGCCGCAGAAAAGGCCUUCAAGGGCUCCUGGAGCACCGCCGACCCUGCCAUCCGUGGCAAGGCCCUGUGGAACCUGGCCGAGCUGCUGGAGGCCCACAAGGACACCCUGGCCGCCAUCGAGUCCCUCGACAACGGAAAGGCCCUGCAGCUGGCCCACGGCGACGUGGCGCUCGUGAUCAACUACAUCAGAUCGUGCGCCGGCUGGGCCGACAAGCUGACCGGCCAGUACAUCGACACGGGCGACACCCACCACACGUACACCAAGAGAGAGCCGAUCGGCGUGUGUGGACAGAUCAUCCCAUGGAACUUCCCUCUUCUGAUGUGGUCCUGGAAGGUCGGUCCUGCUCUGGCUGCCGGUAACACUGUUGUGCUGAAGACCGCCGAGAGCACCCCAUUGUCGGCUCUGUACGCCUCGCAGCUGGUCAAGGAGGCCGGCAUCCCGGCCGGUGUGGUCAACAUUGUGUCUGGAUUCGGAAAGAUCACCGGAGACGCCAUUGCCAGCCACCCUAAGAUCAAGAAGCUUGCAUUCACCGGCUCCACCGCGACCGGAAGACACAUCAUGAAGGUUGCUGCCGACUCGAACCUCAAGAAGGUGACCCUGGAGCUCGGAGGAAAGUCUGCCAACAUCGUCUUCGACGACGCCGACGUCAAGACCGCCAUCAGCGCCCUUGUGGCCGGAAUCUUCUACAACUCCGGAGAGGUGUGCUCUGCCGGCUCCAGAGUGUUUGUCCAGGAGGGCAUCUACGAGGAGAUCCUCAGAGAGUUCAAGGCUGCCGCCGAGACGCUCAAGGUGGGCGACCCAUUCGACCUGUCCACGUUCCAAGGUGCCCAGACGUCGCAGAUGCAAUUGAACAAGAUUCUUGGCUACGUCGACAUCGCCCACCAGGAGGGAGGCAGACUCAUCACCGGAGGUGAGAGACUGGGCAACAAGGGCUUCUUCGUCAAGCCAACGAUCUUCGCCGACGUGACCCCAGACAUGAGAGCAUACAAGGAGGAGAUCUUCGGCCCAUUCGCCGUGAUCACGCCAUUCAAGACGGCCGACGAGGUGAUCGAGCUGGCCAACGACUCCGAGUACGGACUCGCUGCCGGUGUGCACACCAAGUCGAUCGACACCGCCACGUACGUCUCCAACAAGCUCGAGGCCGGCUCUGUCUGGAUCAACACCUACAACGACUUCCACCAGAUGGUGCCAUUCGGAGGCUACAAGCAGUCCGGUAUCGGCCGUGAGAUGGGUGCCCAGGCCCUCGACAACUACACCCAGUGGAAGGCUGUGAGAAUUGGUCUGCAGAAGCCAACUUAG